UGUGUCUGAGAACAUGUGAAUGUUUUUCCAGAUUGACGGUUAGAUAUGCUGUAUCUCGUGGGGCUAGGGCUUGGUGACGCCAAAGACAUCACUUUCAAGGGACUGGAGGUGGUAAAACGAGCCAAAAGAGUGUAUCUUGAAGCAUACACGUCCAUACUAACAGUAGGCAAGGAUGCACUGGAGGAGUUUUAUGGCAGAGAGGUGAUCUUGGCUGAUAGAGAUAUGGUGGAGACAGAGGCAGAUGUAAUCCUUGAAGGCGCUCAGUCAGAUGACAUUGCCUUCCUGGUGGUAGGAGAUCCAUUUGGAGCAACGACUCAUACAGACCUAACACUGAGAGCCAGAGAGAAGGGCAUACAGUUCCGAGUUAUUCAUAAUGCCUCCAUCCUGAAUGCUGUGGGGUGCUGCGGACUACAGUUGUAUAACUACGGUGAGACGGUAUCCAUUGUGUUCUGGACCGAAAGCUGGAGACCAGACAGCUUCUAUCACAAAAUUGCCAGUAACAGGCGCCAGGGCUUGCACACACUCUGUCUCUUGGAUAUUAAAGUUAAAGAACAGAGUAUAGAAAAUUUAAUGAAACGUAAGAAAGUCUACGAGCCACCGAGGUUUAUGACUGUGAACCAGGCAGCUGAGCAGUUACUAGAAAUUGUAGAGAGAAAAACCAAGGAAGGCAUCACUGAUCUGGCCCUUGCUAAGGAUACCGUGUGUGUAGGACUAGCCAGGGUAGGAGCAGAAACACAGCAAAUUGUGGUACGGACUUUGCAUGGUAUGACCUCUGCUCACCUUGGAGGGCCGCUGCAUUCAUUGGUCAUUCCAGGUCACAUGCACCCGUUGGAAAUGGACAUGCUGAAGCAGUUUUGUGAUGAUGAGAGUUUGUUACCAGUGUUGUCAUCAGACGGUAGCUGAUGUCUGAACACUCAAGUCAUGCGACGGAAUCAUGCGACAGAACAAUGGUGACUCGUUUAAUACAGUUUGUAUGGAAAGCAGAUCUUGAUUUAACAGGACCAUAGUCUAACAUUGAUUACAAUAAAUGUCCCAAACAUUUUGCCUGAUUUUGAGAGUUCUCUUGAUCUAAUGAAAGUGUUUUGAGGUUUAUUUGGGAGGUAAGAUGAUAGAAGUUUCAGCACCAAAGGUAACAUUUAAUG